AUGAGUGGGGACAGCUCUCCAGACUACAAGGCGCUUUUUCUCAAGGCAGAGGAGGAAAGGAAGCAGGAAGCCGAGCUGAGACGCCAGGCAGAAGAACGCGAGAGGCAACAGAGGGAACGCAACCGAUCGACGACUUUCCCAGAGUUCAUCCACCAUUGCCACGAUCUGCUUUGGAGGGCCACUCCGAGCGCAAACACCCGGGAGAUUUACGCAUCUGUCUGCCGCUACCUGCAACCUACUGAAGAGAAUGCACGACAGUUAUUUACGUCACUGGUUGCGUUGGAAGACCACGGCCGACGAUUUGCACGCCGACCGAUUAGCAGCGAACAGGACCUCGAGACCUACGAACGACUCGCCGUUGAAGACCACGUGCACGAUAUCGUUGCUGAGUUAUGCAAAAUACCCGAGGCUCGCGAGGAGUUCCGGUUAGGCAAUGGGUUAUGGUUCGAUAACCACUCCAAUGCUCUGGACGAAGAUGAAGAAGUCGAUGCUAGCCAACCAUCGAGCACGAGGCCUUCGAGGCCGGAUCAAUUCUGCGUCUAUCAUGCGGACGUCUCCGCUGCGAGCCUACGGAUGGGACUCCGACCGAUGGACUUUUGGCGAGAAGUGGUCCAACCUGAUCGGGUUCCGGCGGAGGAGCCAGAGAAAUCGAGAUAUCACGCCGAGCGGCGGGUCGGAUCAGCCAUCGUACAAGAAUUUCACGUGAUGAUUCAAGAGGGUCUGGAGUAUUCAUAUUUGACGAACGGCUUGAUGGACGUGCAGCUCUGGGUGCCUCACGACGACCCGACGACCCUUUAUUACCACCUGGGUGAUCCCUGUAUGUACGGGACGGCAGGUGGUGCAGGGCCUAGAAUUCCCAGGACUCGAAUUGAGAGGGCCCUGUGCCUCUGUUUGAUGAGUUUUCGUGCUCCCCUUCGUGACCAGGCGUGGCGGAAUGCUGUCAAACCUACAUUACCGAUAUGGCAAACGAGCUAUGAUAGCGAUCGCGCUCAGAUCGUGGUAGUGGAAUUACCACAGGACCUGGAUCUGAACGAUGCUACCUCUGCUAGUCCUGAGCCGUCAACCUCUGAGUACCUCACAUCCUCGUCUCCCAUCUCCAGCGGCCCUCGAGUGACCACCCGAGCGGCCGCUAGCUGCGCGCCACUGCCCGGUCCGUAUCACCACGAGACUUCUUCGGAUUCCGAGGCCGACCCGACCGCAUCUGCAGGACGGAAGCGGGGGUUCAGCCAAGUCACGUCGUCUCCUUCAACCCAACGGUCUGCACCGCGAGGAGAUCGCCAAGGGCACCAAAGCGGGCAGUCUCGCUCCCAUGAUGCGCCAUAUUGCACACAAAAGUGUCUUCUUGGCCUCCAGCAAGGCGGCAUGCUUGACCCUAAGUGCCCCAACACGGAGCUGCAUAUGCUUGGUGGAAGGGCAGACCGCCAUCCGAUCGGCGCAGCUAAUUUGGUGAAGAAGCUCAAGGCGCAGCUCGAUCAGGAUCUGGAUCAUAACUGCACUCCAAUCGGCCCUUGCGGGUCCUCCGGCGCACCAUUCAAGAUUACGUGUGCCACCUUCGGAUACACUGUUGUUGGAAAGGGGACAACAUCGAAACUCUGGGGGGAGGUCUCGCGCGAAGCCGAGGUCUACCGGGUCCUCCAACGUGCCCAAGGAUCGGCCGUUCCCGUCUUUCUCGGGGCGAUCAACUUGGCCCUAACCUACUUCCUCCACGGCGCGGGAAGGAUCCGUCAUAUGCUCCUGAUGGGUUGGGGUGGCGAAAGCGUGGGCCACACGACUCCGGAUACAACGACCCAGCGUGCGAUUUCUCGGUCAGUGAAGGAGAUCCGUCGUUUGGGGGUUGUCCACCAGGAUUUUCGCCCGGAAAACAUCUUGUGGAAUGCUGAGCUCCAGCGAGCUCUGAUCAUUGAUUUUCAUCUGUGCACCUUGGUUCGUCGACCGCUGGACAGACGGCCAGGUGCACUCAAACGAUUACGGUAUGGCCCUGACGAACGUCACUCCAAGCGGGUGCGUGUGGUCACGUUCAAGGAUCCCCCAAUUAAGGUCAUUGUUGGCCCUCAAAAGACUAUCUACUACAUCCACCCAGGAGCCCUCUCAUCGUGCGGCUCACCGGCAUUGGAGACUAGCGUCAGCGACCAGUGGAUCAAUAAUGGUACUAGUGGGGUCAUCGACUGGACGGAAUUUAAUGAGGACACUAUUGAAUGCGUCUUGAGCUAUCUAUACAUUGAGGAUUAUGACGUGCGCGGCCGAACAUUUGACGGUAAACAAACUGAAGGAAACGACGAUGGUCAGCUUGCCCGACAAGCCUGCGGCUCUAUCAAAGCAGAGUCACCUGUGUCUGACUCCGAAAUCGUAAACGAAGAGCCCUCGGAAGAGCCCUUAGAAGAAGCACCCUGCGAACGGCCUUCGGAGCGGCCGCUAACCCCUUUGAGUCGGUGCCUGCAAGCUGGUCUGCCGGCAGAGACUAUGCAAACAGCCGCAGCAGCAUUCGCGAAGUCGCCUAGUGCUUGUGACGAGAACCUUGGUAACAUUGCUCUUAUGCACGCCAAAGUCUACUGCUUUGCCCACCAGUACCUGUUCUCCAGACUCGAGCGUCUGGCUUUACAGCGCCUGACGCAGAUUCUUCUGAAAUCUGAUACACCAACUGACCAGUUCUUCCUGGGUCUUGCCGAUGCCAUACGCCUCGUUUACGAUUCAACACCGAAAUCGAAAUUGAAUGAUCCAGCUCGGGAACUGCUUUCUCAAUAUGUGGCGCUGAAAUACACCACAAUAUCGGAGGAUAGUCUGAGAGCUUUGAUAGCAGAGGGGGGUGACUUUAUGAUUGAUGUCACGCGCAAACUAGCCCGGAGGAUAAGGAACAUCGAUCUAAGGUUUAGAAGAUCGUAUUGA